AUGAAAUACAUGAAUAAAACUCAAUGCAUGGAAAGAGACGCUUUGAACAACGUAUUAAAAGAAGUUGAAAUAUUAACGACAUUGGAACAUCCUUUCCUCGUGAAUCUUUGGUUUUCUUUUCAAGACGAAGAAGAUCUUUUUAUGGUUUCCGAUCUUUUCACCGGUGGUGAUUUAAGAUAUCACAUACAACAAAAAGUACAUUUCAAAGAAGACUGCGUGAGAUUAUACAUAUUGGAACUCGGUUUGGCAUUGGAAUAUUUACAAAGGAAAUCCAUAGUUCAUAGAGAUGUUAAACCCGAUAAUAUUCUCCUCGACGAAAACGGUCACGCACAUUUAACGGAUUUUAACAUUGCGACAAUAUUAAAAGAAGGACAAUUGGCGACGUCAAUGAGCGGUACGAAACCUUACAUGGCACCGGAAAUAUUUGCAUGCGUAACGGAUGAAUGCGUCGGUUAUAAUUUUGCCGUCGACUGGUGGUCACUCGGAGUUUGCGCAUACGAAAUGCUUUCUCUAUCGAGACCCUACGACAUACACUCGACGACAUCUAUCGGUGAUGUACGGAACUUAUUUAACAUUCCAUUGGUUUAUUCGAAAACAUGGACGCACGAAACGGUCGACCUUCUUUCAAAGCUUUUGUGCGUCGAACCCGGUGGUAGAAUCAGUUCAUUAUCGGAACUUAAAACCGUGCCUGCCAUAUCAAAAUACGAUAUUAAUUUAGUUAUGGAUAAAAAAAUAAAACCGUCAUUUACACCACCCAAAGAUCAUUUAAAUUGUGAUCCGACAUUAGAAUUAGAAGAAAUGAUCGUCGAAACAAAACCGUUACAUAAAAAGAAAAAAAGAUUAGCCAAACAAAGACUUUUACAACCGGCAUUGAGUCUCGAAUUGGUAAAUUAA